AUGACCAAGCAGUUCUCAGCUACCAUCUUCCUUCUCUCCACUGUCGCCUCCGCCCUUACCAUUCAGCAACGCGCCCCCUCUGAUGCCGGUGCAAUUGUCUCACCUUUCCUGGCUCCCGCCUGUCAACUGACCGACAUCGCCACCGAGGCUCUCUGCAAAUUUCCAAACAUUGCCCUCACACCCGGCCAAUGCCAGGAUGUUCAGCACCCAUGCGCCAUCCACCCACCUACUUCAUUCGUCGCCCAGCUCACCCCGAACAACUCCAAGAAAUGCUAUGUUGCGGUGUUCCCCAACUUUGGCUGCACGGGCGACGAGGUUGAUACUGGAGCAUUGGAGGCUUCCAGGCAGAGCAAAUGCAUCGAAGCCCCUUACUUUGGGAAGCUUCUCUCCGGCGGUCUCCUUUCCAGCAGCAUAUUGCCGUUUGGCUUCAAGAGUGCCAAGCUAGUUUGUGCUUAG